UUCAGCAAAAGCGCUCGUCAGUUUAAAAGAGGGAAGCUUAUCUAACACAUGGAAUGAAAAGUACAGUUCUUUACAGAAAACCCCUGUUUGGAAAGGCAGGAAUACAAGCCCUGCUGUUGAAAUGCCUUUCAGAAAUUCAAAACGAAGUCGACUCUUUUCUGAUGAAGAUGAUAGACAAAUAAAUACAAAAUCACCUAAAAGAAACCAGAGAGUUGCAAUGGUUCCACAGAAAUUUACAGCAACAAUGUCUACACCAGAUAAGAAAGCUUCACAGAAGAUUGGUUUUCGAUUACGGAACCUACUCAAGCUUCCAAAAGCACAUAAAUGGUGCAUAUAUGAGUGGUUCUAUUCAAAUAUAGAUAAACCACUUUUUGAGGGUGAUAAUGAUUUCUGUGUAUGUCUAAAGGAAUCUUUUCCUAAUUUGAAAACAAGAAAGUUAACAAGAGUAGAAUGGGGAAAAAUCAGACGGCUUAUGGGAAAACCACGGAGAUGUUCUUCUGCAUUUUUUGAGGAAGAGAGAUCAGCAUUAAAACAGAAACGGCAGAAAAUAAGGCUCUUACAACAAAGGAAAGUUGCAGAUGUUUCACAAUUCAAAGAUCUCCCAGACGAAAUUCCUUUGCCCUUGGUUAUUGGAACUAAAGUUACAGCACGUCUGCGUGGUGUUCAUGAUGGUCUGUUCACAGGACAAAUAGAUGCCGUGGAUACUCUUAAUGCUACUUACAGAGUGACUUUUGAUAGGACAGGGCUUGGGACUCAUACCAUCCCUGACUAUGAAGUUCUUAGUAAUGAGCCUCAUGAAACCAUGCCAAUUGCUGCCUUUGGACAGAAACAGCGGCCAUCCCGAUUUUUCGUGACCCCACCACGGUUACAUUAUACUCCUCCUCUCCAGUCACCAAUUGCAGACAGUGAUCCUUUAUUAGGACAGUCACCUUGGAGAAGUAAAAUUUCUGGCUCUGACACUGAAACAUUGGGUGGUUUUCCAGUAGAAUUCCUUAUUCAAGUGACUAAAUUAUCAAAAAUUCUCAUGAUUAAAAAGGAACAUAUCAAGAAAUUAAGGGAAAUGAACACAGAAGCAGAAAAACUGAAAUCAUAUUCCAUGCCCAUUGGCAUUGAAUUUCAGCGGAGAUAUGCAACAAUUGUUCUAGAGCUUGAACAACUGAAUAAGGACCUAAACAAAGUUUUGCAUAAAGUUCAACAGUACUGUUACGAGCUUGCUCCAGAUCAAGGGCUGCAGCCCGCAGAUCAGCCCACAGACCUGCGCCGGCGCUGUGAGGAGGAGGCACAGGAGAUCGUCCGGCUCGCCAACUCCUCAGCCGGACAGCCCUGUGUCGAAAACGAAAACCUCACAGACUUAAUCUCCAGGCUUACAGCUAUCUUACUACAAAUUAAGUGUCUUGCAGAGGGAGGAGACCUGAAUUCCUUUGAGUUCAAAUCACUUACAGACUCAUUAAAUGAUAUCAAGAGUACAAUAGAUGCUUCUAAUAUCAGUUGCUUUCAGAAUAAUGUAGAAAUCCAUGUUGCACACAUUCAGAGUGGCUUGAGCCAGAUGGGAAAUUUACAUGCCUUCGCAGCGAAUAACACCAACAGAGACUGAGCACAGACUGAACUAUACCAACUGCAUGGAACACUGGUUUGGAGAAGUUCUUUUCCUUUGUAUAGGCUCCCAACACCAAAUAACCUAACUGAUGAAAAAUAAGGAAAAUUUAAAUCUCUAAGGCAUAUUAAUAUACUGUACUGCUUCUUAAACCAGCAUUGCUGACCAGCGUAUAUUUAUUUUUCUUCUGUUACACAUAUGCAGUAGGAUUGCUUAUCUUCAUAUGUUUAUGAGCAAGUAUUUUUAAACUGAAAUUGUCUAUAAUAUAAUUACACGAAGAUUUUUUUUUUUUUUUAAUGUGCAUGAAUUCAACCCAAUACAUGGAGAGAACUGCUGCAGCAGAACAUGAAGAAACAUGGCCUCUUACGCAUAGUGGUGAAUGUGGAAAUUCCUCCUGGAGAAGGACCACUCUGGUGGAUUAGCUAAUCACCACCUCAGUCUUUGGGAGAUAAAGUCAGGUGGCGCGGGAGCUCUAGUCUAAGGAAGCCACUGGAAUGUGAGUGGAAAUAUGGACUUUAGAAGUACAUGUGGUGUAUACUUACAACAGGACAUGGUUCUGUAGAUCUUUUUAUAAUAAUAAAUAUUUUAAUUUAUCAUAAUUUAUAAGAGAAUCAAUUGUUUGUCUGUUGAACGAAAAUGAAGGAGGAGGAAAAACCAUUACUACAUAGUGCUGAGCUCCUGCGGGUGGACUUGGCAUGUCUCUCCCAUCAGUUCAGGGCAAAAAGUGCUGUUGUUAUGAGAUUUAUUUUAAAAAAGACUGAUAACACACUAUUUUCAUAUUUUUUAUUUGCACAAGUUAAACCAGAGCACUGGUUAAAAUCCAACAAUACACAAUUUAUAAAAUAAAAAACUUUUAUAAGAAAAACAAA